AUGCAUAACAAAAGUCAUACCAUCGUUAGACUUCCCGUCCACCUACUCCAUCACAACGUGUACUUUGAACCCGGACAGGUACUAGAGCGAGUACAAAACGCCGCCCUGGCUCGAACUAAACUCACGGCUUUCUUUGCGCUCAACGCCAUCGAUGUCGAAGCUAGACAAUACCUGUACCACGAGAUACCGGUACACUACACUUGGAACGUGACACGCAGAUCAUGGGCGCGACGGCAAAGACAGAUGACGUACGAGACGUUGGCUCGAAUGUACGUCGUCAACCCACUUGAUCGAGAUCGUUUUCAUUUGAGAUUGCUACUUCUGCACAAGAGAGGUUCACAGUCUUUCCGCGAUAUGAGGACAGUAGACGGGGUGGUGCAUCCAACCUAUGCGGCUGCAGCCGUCGCAAUGGGACUUUUGGAAGACGACCGAGCUUUGCGGGUUUGCAUGGCAGAAUCGGCAACAUUAGACACUCCAGUUCAGCUUCGUUACCUAUUUGUGACGAUACUGUUGUUUUGCGAGACCGCAAACCCGCUGGUGUUGUACCAAGUCAGCGAAGCUCACAUGAUCGAGGACUUUAAUCAGCGAUUGCGAGACUCCGAGCGCGCUAGAGCGGCGUGUCUCAACGCCAUCGCGCAGUUACUUCAGGUUCACGGGAAAUCGCUCUCGGACUACAGUUUACCUCUAUUGGACGUCGCAUUGCUAGAAGAAGACCCUAACGAUGACAUUCUGUGUGCAAUAGGCGGUACGCUGGACUGUCAAUUGGACGGCUUGAACGACGAACAACGGACAGUGUUCGAUCGUGUGAUGGCGGCCAUAAACGACAACAGAAACUGCUCAAAAAUGUUCUACGUCGACGGACCUGGAGGAUCAGGUAAAACGACGUUAUACGGAUGCCUCAUAUGGUCUCUUCGCAACCAAGGGCGAUCCGUGUUGUCCGUAGCAUUUACAGGAAUUGCAGCAUCGCUGAUGGACGGCGGCAUGACGGUGCACUCUACGUUCGGGUUGCCGUUCGGUACACUGACUGACGAUUCAACGUCGACCAUCACCAUGCAGUCGUUGCGUGCUCAGAGGAUACGUGACGCGGCACUCAUCGUCUGGGAUGAAGCGCCAAUGUCACCGGGACUACAACUCAAGGUGGUCAAUAGAUUGCUCAAGGACAUCAUGGGAUCGAAAUUACCGUUUGGUGGGAAACCGGUCCUGUUCGCCGGCGACUUCAGACAGAUACUGCCUGUCGUGCGCAGAGAGACAAGGAAUGACAUUGUAAGGUCGUCGAUUAAAUAUAACUCUCUGUGGCGUGACAUGGAACAGUUCAGUCUGACGCGAAACAUGCGUGCCGACAACGAUGUGGACUUUGCUACUAGGUUGCUACAGCUCGGGAGCGGCCAGUUGCCAGCGGUCGACGGUGUUCGGGACAGCGUCGAAAUCCCCCGAGAAAUGUUAUGUAACAUCGCUAAUUUGAUUGAUUUUGUUUUCCCGCAGCAAAUGUCGUUGGCAAACAUCGACGAGUUUGCUCGGAAAAUAAUUUUAUGUCCCAGGAACGACGAUUGCAGGAAGGUCAAUCGCACGGUGUUACAACGCAUCGAUGGAGCUCACCGGAGCUACACGGCCAUAGACACUGUUGUGGUCGAUGACCCUGACGAAGUGGCCAAUUAUCCGACAGAGUUCCUCAACACUCUGGAACCGGACAGACUGCCGCCGUACAACUUAACGCUAAAGGUGGGUUCGAUUGUCAUGUUGCUUAGGAACCUAGAUUCUAAGAGACGCCUUUGCAACGGUACGAGAUUGGUUGUCACUGAAUUACGACGAUACAACUUCAAGGCGAGGAUGUUGUCUGGUGGUGCACAGGACGAAAUAAUCAUACCUGCGAUACCACUCACGUCGUGUGGCGAAGAUGACCUGCCCAUCAUAAUGCGAAGAGUACAGUUCCCCGUACGUUUGUCGUUUGCGAUGACCAUUAACAAGUCACAGGGUCAAACGUUUGAUAGAGUUGGAUUGCUUCUGCCUUCACCGGUAUUCACGCACGGACAACUGUACGUAGCCUUUUCACGAGUGAGGAACUCACAAUCCAUAAGAGUUGGUAUGUGUGGUGAUGGUCAUGGUAGAUUCGUCACUAAGAACAUUGUAUACAGAGAGGUCCUGCAAACAACUGCAUAA